AUGGUGAGGAGUGCGGCUGCUCCUGGCGCCAUACGCGGCUCCCGGGGACGGGGCUCGCGCGGCGCCCGCAGCUCUGUCUCCCUGGACUCCACCUCGCCGCCUCGACGGGGCAGACCGCGGCGCGUCCAGCCAGCUGAGGAUACCCCCGAGACGCCGGUCAACGUAUCAGGAGCAUCGUCUCCCGAAACAGCUCGACGGGGCAGGGUGCGGCGCGUCCAGCCGACUGAGGAUACCUCCGAGACACCCCGGGGGCGGCGCAGGUCCGAGCCGCCGCCGGACUCGGCCGACCAGGAACCAGCGGGUCCUGAUGUGAACGGUCUGCCAGUCGCCGACUCCAAGGACAAGCUGCAGCACCCCCACUCUCUGUCGCUCUGCACAGUGCGGCUGACCCGCACGGAACUGCCGCUGCCGGCGGCCGUCGUGUCAGACCCGGAGAGUUCCGACAUGUCUGCGCCGUCCAGCGUCGGCCCGGUGUCGGAGGAGAACAGUCUGAUGUCGGACAGCGUGUCGGCGGACGUGACGGACCGGGGCGCCGCGCCACCCGGCGACCCGGCGGCCGAGCGAGUGGCCGAUGGAAUUCACUACGAGAGUGAGACAUCGAGUCAGCUACCGCCGACUUCAGAACCCGACGCCGAGCUAGACGAGCAGCGAGACGGACAGAAAGUCGGUGACGAAGGUGCUGUCGUAGACGUUGAACAUGAUGAUGAUCGAGAGAACAACAGGGAGGGUGAGGAGAGAAUGGAACACCCUGGCAGCCGCGCCGACAGCAGAGCCAGUUCUCCUGAUUCGCUCGUGCAGUUUCGUGAUCCGCACGCGCCCGGACAGUCGCUCGGUGACUCAAUGGAUUUGGACAGCACUCUGGGAGAUAAUGAUAUGAGUUGUGCUAGUGCGUCGGAGCAACGAACUGCAAAGGGAGAGGCACAGGAGAACGAUUCUGUCGCGCCGCACGUCUCGGCAGCGCCUUCGGGCUCACCGAGUAGUGUUUUAGAGGACCGACAGGAGCCGAUGGACUGUGAAGCGUCACUAAAUCAAGCCGAAGGAACAAGCGAUCAUGAGAUGCCGGCGGCGGAGUCGCCUCCUGAUGAACUAGAGGUAGACGAUCGUGCAACUCCGAUUAUUGGUGCUGUGAACGGUGGAAUUGCGCGUGUGGACGCGAUGGACUCGCCGAGUCCGUCACGGAGUCCAGUGAUUGAUGUGAUGAACUCUAGCAGUCCGGCGGUGGACGUGAUGGACUCCCAGAGUCCCGUCGUGGAUGCUCAGGACUCGUCCAGUCCCGCUGUGGAUGUAAUGAACUCGCAAAGUCCGACUCCAGUGGUUCCGCAUAACCCGGUUGUGAAUGUAGUCAACCAUCAAAGUCCCGAGGAGCACGACUCGCAUAAUUCAACAGUCGACCUUUUGGACUCCAGGAGUCCAGCUGUGGAGGUGGUGGACACGCGGAGUCCGUCGUUGGACGUCCAGAACUCAGGUAGUCCGGCUAUUGAUGUGCUGGAUUCUCGAAGUCCGGCAGCUGAGACGCAGGACUCGCACCGUCUCGUAGCUGAUGCGCUGGAUCGGGCGCUGGACUCUCGGAGUCCGGCAGUGGAUGCACUGGACUCUCGCAGUACGGCUGCGGACGCUCUGGACUCUCGGAGUCCGGCAGUGGAUGUGCUGGACUCUCGCAGUACGGCUGCAGACGCCCUGGACUCUCGGAGUCCGGCAGUGGAUGUGCUGGACGGGGCGCUGGACUCUCGCAGUCCGGCUUUGGAUGCACUGGACUCUCGGAGUCCGGCUGUGGAUGCGCCGGACUCCCGGAGUCCGCUGCCGUCGCCAGUGCCACCGCCGGAUGUCGACGAGAACGCGUGUAGCCUGCCGCCGAUGGUGUCCAAGGCGUCUGACUCGGAGGACAGUCGGCCGCCGGCGCCGCUGACAACUCUGGCGGCCCGCCCGGGCGCCGGCACGGACACCCCGGAGCCCAUGGAGGCGUCUACAGGCCCUGAGAACGUGGUCAGCUCCGCUCCUGGCGGGACCUCGCCGAUACCGUCGCCGCCACCGGAGAAGAUGGCGUCGUCGCCUUUGGUGGACGUCGAUGCUCAGUCAACGGAGGUCUCCUCGCCGCCGCCGCCGGCUAAAGAGCCUGCCUCGGCGGAGGGAGAGCCAGUGCCGCCGGCUGAAGAGCCAGCCUCGGUGGAGGGCGAGCCAGCGCCGCCGGCUGAAGAGCCUCCCUCGGUGGAGGACGAGCCGGCUCCGUCUCCUAUGUCGGAGGACGGCGCCCGCAGUCCCCUGAUCGCCUACUCUGACGACGACGACGACCUGUCAGAGUUCUGGCCGCUGCCGCCGAGCCUUGGCCGACCCGUGAAACCGCCGUCCAUCGAAGGCGAGUCGGGGUCUGCUGAGAGCGACGCCGUCACGCCGACGCCGACGGAAGAUGCCGAUAGACCGCCGUCGGGGGGUCGCCGGCUGUCGUCAGCGUCUCUGGAUGAUAUCCCGCGGCCGUCGUCACCGCUGGAGGUGCGUGAGAAGGGUUCAACGUCGCCGACAACGCUGGAUAAGAAACUGAAGUCGCUGGAGGUGAGCGACUCGUCGGCGAAGCGCCGCGGCGGCUCGACUAGGCGCGGAUCUAUUGGUGAUACCGGUCUGUAUCAGGGUGAUGUCGAGAUGCGCACCGUGUCGAAAAGUGACGCAGAGCGAGCGGCGGCCGUGUGUGAUAUCCCGCUGCCUGGGGAUUCGGUCGCGCCGCCGCUGCCCUCCGCACCGACGGAUAUGGAGAUAUCGACCCCGGACGGCUCGGAAGAUGAGGGUACCGGACGCGAGCCGGGGACUCGCGCGCCCGCGCAGAGUGAAGGUGAACCCGCCGCGCGUCGUAACUGCUCAGUUGAGAGUGGUGACCGCGCGUCGCCGUUCAUGGGUAUGUUUGACGAGGACGAGGGGCCGCCUGCAGAGGCCCAGUCAGGCGGGCUGCAGGCGCUGCGCGGACUCGGCGGCAGGCUGCCCAUUGUGGCCCAGUCGCAGCUGGCGGUGGCGUCCCGAGGCGCCGUCAUCCGUUCCUCGCAACCUCUGAUGGUGCGCUCUGACGCGCUGAUCCGCCGGCCCGGCGCGGAGACUGGUGUAGUGUCGGUGGCCGCUGCUGGAACGGGGACGGUCACCAAAGCUGCCGCGCAGCCGGGCAAGAGUCCGCAGAAUAAGGUGACCAAGCCGAGACCGAGCAAAGCAGGCAAGGUGACCAAGACUGCGCAAGAGAAGGCCGCGGGAAAGUCCGGAAAGUCACCGGCGGCGAGGGCAAAGUCCGCUGCCGCGGCGGCGCAGCUCGAGUCUCCUUCAGACGGGACCGCUGCUCCGCCUACAGGGAAGGGAGUCAAGUCCGGCGCCACACCGCCGGCCGACAAGGCAGCUGCAGGCACCGCGCGCGCCACCAAACCAAAGACAAAGUUCCUCGAGCGGCUGUCCUCUGGCAGUCCCAGCUCGCCGAAGCGCUCCCCGGCCGGAGGGAAGGCGGCGGCGGCGGCGGCGGGUCAGGCGGACCGGCGCGGACAGUCGGCGGACGACAGUGGCUCAGGGGCGACCGCGCCGGGUCCACUGGACAUUCCCCUGCCGCCCGCACAGGGUCCGGACGGCACGCCCGGCCGCCAACAGGCCGCGAAAGGAGACGGGAAAGUGAAGGAUAGCAGGGUGGACGCAAUCAAAGACAAGGAUAUCAACAAGCUCAGGAAAUUCAAGACGAUCUCAGACUCGAUCUGGCUGAAGAAGCAGAAGCUGACGAAGCAGCAGAAGGAGGCGCGCCACAUGGUGUGCGACUGCUACCUCUCUCCAGAGGAGAUAGAGCGGGGCGACAUGGGCUGCGGAGAGGACUGCCUGAACCGGCUGCUCAUGAUCGAAUGUGGUACCCGCUGUCCGCUGGGCGACCGGUGCUCCAACAAGCGCUUCACCAAGAAGGAGAUCCACCCGACCAGCGUGUUCAAGACGGAGCUGAAGGGCUACGGUCUGCGCGCCGAUGUGGAUAUGCCCGAGAACGCCUUCAUCUACGAGUACGUCGGAGAGGUGUUGGACUCUGAGGAGUUCAAGCGUCGUACGAAGGAGUACGACCGACUUAAGUACCACCACUACUACUUUAUGGCGCUCAAGGCGGAUGCCAUCAUCGACGCCACAGAGAAGGGCAACGCGUCGCGCUUCAUCAACCACAGUUGCGAUCCAAACUCCGAGACGCAAAAGUGGACGGUCAAUGGUGAGUUGCGGAUCGGCUUCUUCACCCGGCGGCCGGUCUCGGCGGGGGAGGAGAUCACGUUCGACUACCAGCUCCAGAGGUACGGUAAGGAGGCGCAAAAGUGUUUCUGCGGCUCCGACAUCUGCCGCGGCUGGAUCGGAGAGAAGACGGACGACACCUCCAGCGAGGAGGAAGAGGAGGAGGAGGAGCCGCGCGAGGAGCCGCUCCCGGGCGCCGAGGACGCCCCUCCGUCCUCUGUGCCGGCUGUGGCGGCCGAGGCGGCGGCGCCCGAGCAGCCGGGCGCGGCCGAGAGCCAGCCGGGCCAGCCGGCGGCCGAGCCGCGUCCUCCCAAGGUCACCAAACAGGCCAAACAGCGCCGCGACGCCGAGCGGCGUGAUCUGGAGAUCGAGAUCAACAAGCUGGUGUCGUCGGGUCUGAAGUCGAAGCAGCACACGCUCGAGCUGUCCCGUCUGAUGGUGCGCGCCGAGGGCGAGGCGGAGCGUCUGACGCUGCUGGAACUGAUUCGCACCGCCGACCAGCCCUGCAGACGCCUGUUCCUGGACUACCACGGGCUGCGUCUGCUCUGGAGCUGGAUGGCCAGCGCGCCGGCCCCGCAGGGGACCAACGACGACGAGGUCUACAGGUUCCGGCGAAAGGUUCUGGAGACGCUCGCCACUCUGCCGAUCCCCAACAAGACGUGUCUGACGGACAGCCGCGUGCUGACGGCUGUGGAGCGGUGGGCGGCCGCCGGCCAGCCGGCCACCCCCUGCACUCCCGAUCAGGACGGCACUCCGAGUGACACGGCGUCCGGCUCGGACACUCCCGUCUCCGGACCGGUGAUGCCGACUGUGACGGGAGGAGCGGACUGCCCGGCGGCCAAAGAGGUGGCCGAGCUGGCGUCCCGUCUCCUCGAGUCCUGGUCGGGUCUGCAGGAAGUGUUCCGGAUACCAAAGAAGGAGCGCGUCGAAAUCAUGCGCGAACACGAAAAGGAGGCCGACCGCGGCUACCAGACUUACCUGCAGCAGCAGCCGCGGCCCGGCCUGACCGCCGCCAAGAAGGGCUACGACUGGUCGCCAGAGCGGAGGAAGCGCGCCUGGGACUCGCCGGAGCCCGACGUGCGCGUGAAAAAGUACCGGCCGCUGCUGGACAGCCGGCUGACCAAGGAGGAGCGUCGCCAGCUGUUCAUGCUGGAGGUGCAGCGGGAGGAGGAGGAGCGGCGCCAGCGCCAGCAGCAGCAGCAGCUCUGGAGGGGACACGAGAAACGCUGCGCCAUGCUCGGCCUGGAUCCGCACCUGACGCCCAUCUUCGACCCCAGCUACCAGUACUACUGGGAGCCGUCGUCUGGCGCUUGGCAGCCGUACACGCCGGGCGACCCAGCCGUGCCGCUGGUGCCGGCGCCCGGCGUCGACCCGCUCCAUGUGGCCGCCCUACCGCAGCAGCUGGCCGUCUACCAGGGUAUGGCCGCCGUGGACCCGGCCCAGGCCGAACAGUACCUGGAACAGGUGGCUCAGCAGCGCACCGUCCAGACAGCCGGGCCGCUCCUGCUGCCUGUCGUCCCUGCCGUCCCGCAGACGGACGCGAACGGCCUGCCGGUCAGCCGACCCGGACUGCUGGAGCUGCUCCAGGCGCAGCUGCCCGGCAGGUUUCUGGGCGAGGACGGCCGCGAGAUAGCGCUCUCCUCGGUCCCCCAGCCGGACAGCGGCGCCGCCUACCGGCUGGCCAGCUACAACGACCCCAGUCAGCCGAACGUCAGCCUGGGCAACAUCCCGCUGCCGGACCGGGCGGCGCCCGGCCAGCCGCCGCCGCCGCCGCCGCCCCCGCCCGAGCCCGUCAUCACGCUGCCGCCACGCUGGAGGAUAGCCAAGGACGACAACGACCGUAUUUACUUUUACCAUCAGGUGACCCGUCAGACGCAGUGGACGCCGCCGGUUAGCGCCGACUGGAUCCCCCCGCCUGGUGCCGUCACCGUCCAGCAGUCGCUAUGGACGGCCGGCGGCUCCAGUGCCGACUCGUCACCCACUGACGGCGGCAGCUCCAGUGAUAGCUCCAGUGACAGUAGCUCCAGCAGCGAGGAUGAGAGUAAGCCCGGCGAUGAGGAGGACGAGCCCGUGGCCAACGAGCUUCCCGAGGACAUGGCCAAAGAGGAGGAUAUUGACCGGCGGCGGAUGGUCGACCAGCACCGACGGCGGCGCGGCAAACGGCGUGACCGGCUCGUCCAGGAGCGGAUCAUCAGUCCGGUGCCGGAGAUGAGUAAACAGGAGAUGCGCCGGGAGCGACACCGACUGAAACGGGAGGCCAAGGCCGAGGCGCGGAGAGAGCGCCGGCUGGACCCCGAGUCGGCGCCGCGCGGCCCGCGGCCCCGGCGCCGGCGGCCGGCCCCGCCGCCGGUCGACUCGCCCACCGGUGACCCGGAGCCGCCCGACGCCGCCGAGGGAGCCGACCCGGAGACGGAGCCGGAGCCGGCCGCAGCGGAGCCGCCGGAGCCGGCCGCCGCCGAGAACACCCCGCCGGGCGACACGGAGCAGCCGCCGGACCAGAGCCGCAGGGAGAAGGAGGAGCGGAUACGCCGCUUCAAGGCCAAGGAGGAGGCGCUGCGGAAACACCAGGCCAAGAAACAGGAGGCCAGGGCGCGGAGAAAGCGCAAGGCGGCCGCCGCUGCUGCCGCGGCAGCCGCUGCCAGCUCCUCAAAGAAGCGCAAAAUAGAGGUGAAGCGAGUAUCGAGCUCGGCGGCGGUGUCCGGGUCGUCGUCGUCGGUGGCAGCCUCUUCCUCGUCGUCGUCGUCCUCUUCGAGCCGGAAGGAGAAGCCGACGACGGCAGCGGCGGACACCAGCUCCGAGGUGGCGCGGAAGAUCAAGGAUAAGUUCCUAGCUCAGAUGUCUGGCGUGAUCGUGUCGGCUCUGAACGCCUUCCGCAAGUCGGGCUGCAAGCAGGGCCGCAUCACCUGCAACGAGGACUUCAAGUUCCUGGCCAAAAAGCUGACCCACCACGUCAUGGUGAAGGAGUUGAAGAACGUACAACAGGUUGAGGAACUGUCCGCCAGCGAGAGCGUCAAGCACAAGGCCAAGUACUAUGUGAAGAAGUACAUGGGACGCUUCGGCGAGACGUACUCGAAGGAGUCGCUCCUGAUGGAGGAUGACGCGGCCGAGGCGGCCCACUGACCCCUGUGACGUGUAGGCGGCGGCCCUGGAGGGUGGGAGGGUGUUCCAGAGGGAGCUGGGUGGAGCACAGGUCGCCGGGAUAGGUGAGAGGAUGAAGUCAUGAUCGGUGUGUCCUGUGACAGUCGGCAGUCGUUUGGUGGAUCUGUUGACGGCCUGUCAAUGUGUCAGGCGUGACGGAUGUGACGGAAGUCAGGGUGACUAACAAGGUCUCGGGAUGUGUGGUAGGUUUGGUCACGCAGCUGGCUCUGAGAAGCCACCUGAGCUGGUGUCUGGUUUAGGGCGGCCCGCGGCCUCCCUCUAUCUAAAACACCAGCUCCGUCAGUCAGCGGCUGUCGAUCAGCUGAUGAUACUUCCUCACAAACGACAAAAGAACGACGCUGGGGCCUGAGAACGCGACCUAGUGGUUUUGUUUCACACUUGAUAGUUCUAUGAUUGUAUGAUGAUACUUUUAUAUCGUGUACAUACCAGUGUAUGCUCGGCGGUGCAUCGCCCCACAACUCGGUAGGCCGAUGAAAUGGUUUAUCAGCGUUGCCCCGGCUGUGUGUGCGGAGGGCCGGCGGCGGAGGCUAGUGUCGUUACCUCUCCCCGAGUCCCGCCCCGUGCCGUGCCGUGCCGUGCCGUGCCGUGCCGUGCCCUGUAGUCCGUGACUGUUGGUUUGUGCCGUUACCGGCACUGCCAACAGUCAGUCGGUCAGAGGCAGUGGCAGCGGCACGGAUGGCGCGCGCGUGUGAGACCCACUCAAAUGUGUCGGUGCUGUGGAAUUGAUCCAAUCAAGUGCCGCUCGACCAGUACAAUAAACACAUAGACACCUG